UUGUAACAGCUUACCAUCUCAUUGUUUACCAUCGCACACUCCGAAGACCAGAGAUAAAGAUACAGGGAAUGGUGGAACUAAUACAAAUAUGGGAAAGUUUGGGACGAUUGAUUCUGUAUUGAGCGAAAUCCCAAUGUCGGUGCCUUCUGCUGAAAUGAGCUUGAAUCAAGAUGAUGAAGUGGUGCCUUGGUUGAACUAUCCGGUGGAUCAAUCUCUACACAAUGAAUAUUCCGAUUUCUUGCCUGAAUUAUCUGGGGUCACUGUAAAUGAGACUUCUACUCAUAGUAACUUUGCAUCAUUUGAUAGAAGAAGCCAAUCCAUUAGAGAUUCCUGCACUGUUUCUCUAAAUAAUGGUGAGGUUUUUGAACAAGGAAAUCCAUCAAAGGUUCCUACACCAGCAGAUGAAGAAGCUAGGCCUACAAGUGGUGCCAGUCAAUUAUCCACGCUGCCAUCACAGCUAUGUCAAACGUCAUCCCCAUUUGUAAGAUCAAGAAUUUUGGAGAAUUUUGGUCAUAGCCUGGGUCAUACCUCCACCCACCAUGCCAUUUGUGGAGAUUCAAUUGAAGUUCAAGCAUCAGAUGGUGGUUUGCCUGGCAUUAAGAUGCAGAAACAAGAUCAAGCAGCGCCUUGUAAUAACACAGUCUUGAUGAAUUUUUCCCAUUUUUCACGUCCUGCUGCUCUUGUUAAAGCUAGUCUUCAGAAUAUAAGUGCUAUAGCUAGCAUUGAAAGGAUUGGAAGCAAGGAAAAGGGGUCUGCUGCCAGUAUUAGUGACCGUGCUGAUACCACGCUCAUUGAUUCAAGUAUUGAUUUACAGAAGGAAAAAUUUUCACAGUGCCAACCUACGAUGGUGCUGAUGAAGACUGAUAGAAAAGAAUCUGAAGCUAAGUCUCUAGAUGAACCAGUUACUGCUGAACCAAUUGAUGCCAUCUGUGAAGAAAAUGCCCCCAAGAAUGUUAAAAACCCUAGUCAAGUUAUUGGUGAGAGUGCUUCUAAGGGACUGCCAGAUGGUGAUAAGACUGUAGAGCCUGUGCUUGCUGCUUCCUCUGUUUGCUCUGGAAAUAGUGUAGAGAGAGCUUCUGAUGAUCCAGUAUAUAAUUUGAAGAGAAAAAACCGUGAUAAUGACGAGUCAGAAUGUCCUAGUGAAGAUGCUGAGGAAGAAUCUGUAGGUGUGAAAAAAGCAGUUCCUGCUCGAGGAGGUUCGGGGUCUAAGAGAAGCAGAGCAGCAGAAGUGCAUAAUUUAUCUGAAAGGAGGCGAAGGGAUAGGAUAAAUGAGAAGAUGCGUGCUUUACAGGAGCUCAUACCAAACUGCAAUAAGGUGGACAAAGCUUCGAUGCUUGAUGAGGCAAUUGAAUAUCUUAAGACACUUCAACUACAGGUGCAGAUUAUGUCCAUGGGAGCUGGCUUGUAUAUGCCACCAAUGAUGUUACCAACUGGAAUGCAACACAUGCAUGCAGCUCAUAUGGCCCAUUUUUCACCCAUGGGUGUUGGACUGGGAAUGGGUAUGGGUUUUGGGAUGCCAUUGCCUGACAUGAAUGCUGGAUCUUCUGCUCGUCCUAUGGUUCAGGUGCCUCCAAUCCAUGGAGCACCUUUUUCAGGCCCUGGCCCCACUACUCUCCAAGGGAUGGCAGGAUCUAACCUCCAGCUAUUCGGGCUUCCAGGUCAAGGACUUCCCAUGUCAAUGCCGCAUACACCCUUGAUUCCUAUUUCUAGUGGGCAUCUUAUGAAAUCGGCCAUCGGAUUGAGUGCCUGUGGACUGGUAGGCCCUAUGGAUAAUAUGGGUUCAGCUACAGCUUCUAUUUCAAAGGAUCCGGUGCAGAAUAUCAAUUCACAAGUGGCACAGAAUGCUAAUGUCAAUAGUUCAAUGAAUCAGACACCUAGUCAGUGUCCAACAACAAAUCAAAGUUUUGAACAGCCAGCUGCAGUGCAAGAGAAUGGUCAAGCAUCAGAAAUUACUGGUAGCGUACCUUUUAGAUCAGCCAGUGGAAAUGAAAAAGUACCUGAUAGGUCAUAACUGGUAGCUGUUAUGGUCUUUUUGAUUGGAGGAGAGGAAUCCAUUUUGCUUGCUAUGGAUACUGAAGCUUUUUCUCCCUGAUGAGAUUGAACCUCAAUGACGGUCAGCUGAAUAUAAUUUCAGGAUAAUACAGUCCCAAUUUGCACAGAUUUUGGUAUGUUGAGGAGACUUGAAAUCUUUUCUUGCAUAUGUACAUUCAUUUAUAUGAUCCAUGCAAAUAAUGCAAUGUUAACUAAGAGAUAAAUACCUAAUAGUAUGUAUUCAAAUCGUUGUACACCUCUGGGUAACUAAUUCUUUGAAUUGAUGAAAUGAUAAUUAUCUUCUGUUA